CACAUUCUGCCUGUCUGGAAAAUUAUGAGCAAAGAAAGCAACGGUCGACAACUGACAUCUGGAAGCCACAAGGUUUUGUAAAGAUCAAGUCUACACACCACCCAAGACCCAACAAUGGCUUUAUCUCUGGAAGAAUUUGUCCACUCUCUUGACCUAAGGACCCUCCCCAGGGUCCUAGAAAUCCAGUCAGGCAUCUACUUUGAAGGGUCUGUUUAUGAGAUGUUUGGCAAUGAGUGCUGCCUGUCAACAGGAGAGGUGAUUAAAAUCACAGGUCUCAAAAUUAAGAAGAUCAUGGCUGAAAUUUGUGAGGGUGAUAUUGGAGGUUUGGAGUCUCUGAAGCCCUUCGAGCUGCCCAUGAAUUUUCCAGGUCUCUUUAAGGUCAUGGCUGAUAAAACUCCAUACCUGACAAUGGAAGAAAUCACAAGAACCAUUAAUAUUGGACCCAGUAGACUAGGUCAUCCUUGCUUUUAUCACCUGAAGGAUAUAAAACUAGAGAAUCUCACUAUUAAGCAGGGUGAGCCAAUCCGCUUCAACUCGGUUGAAGAGAUUAACGGAGAAACACUGGUGAAUUGUGGUGUGGUAAGGAAUCAACAGAGCCACUCAUUUACUUUGCCAUUGUCGCAAGAAGGAGAAUUUUAUGAGUGUGAGGAUGAGCAUAUCUAUACCCUAAAAGAAAUCAUUGAAUGGAAGAUUCCCAAAAACAGAACUCGAACAGUGAAACUUACAGAUUUCUCAAAUAAGUGGGACUCAACUAAUCCAUUCCCAGAAGACUUUUAUGGUACAUUGACUCUGAAGCCUGUUUAUGAAAUCCAAGGUGUGCUGAAAUUUCAAAAGGAAAUAGUCCGGAUUCUCCCCAGUUUAGACGUUGAAGUCAAAGACAUUACUGACUCUUAUGAUGCUAGCUGGUUUCUUCAGUUGCUGUCUACAGACGAUCUUUUUGAAAUGACCAGCAAAGAGUUUCCUGUAGUAGGUGAAGUCAUCGAAGUAUCUCAGAGGAACCAACUGCCCCAAAAUAUUUUACAGCCUGAGAAAACCAUUAUCAUCCACAAAAAGUACCAGGCUUCAAGGAUCUUAGCUUCAGAAAUUCGCAGCAAUUUCCCUAAAAGACACUUCUUGAUCCCUACUAGCUACAAAGGCAAGUUCAAAAGAAGACCCAGGGAGUUCCCAACGGCCUAUGACCUGCAGAUAGCUAAGAGCAAGAAAGAAACUCUCCACGUGGUGGCCACCAAAGCUUUUCAUACACUUCAUAAGGAGCUAUCCUCUGUGUCUGUUGGAGACCAAUUUCUAGUGCAUCAUUCCAAGACUACAGAAGUUGUCUUUGAAGGAACAAGAAAAGUAAACAUUCUUUCCUGUGAAAGAAUCCUCAGUAAGUCCCGUGAAGCAGCACAGCUUCCUCUGUAUAUGGAAGGAGGUUUUGUAGAGGUGAUUCACGAUAAGAAACAGUACCAGAUUUCUGAGCUCUCCACACAGUUCUGCUGGCCCUUCAAUGUGAAGGUGGCUAUGAGAGAUCUCUCCAUCGAAGAUGACAUUUUGGCAGCAACUCCGGGACUGCAGUUGGAGGAGGACAUCACAGAUUCUUACCUACUUAUCAGUGACUUUGAAAAUCCCGAGGAAUGUUGGGAAAUUCCCGUGGGCCGCUUGAAAAUGACUGUUCGGUUAGUUAAUAGUAGUAGUUUGCCUACGGAUGCAGGACCACUUCAAGUUAGGAGUCUUGUAGAAGAGAUUACCGAGGAACAGUAUUACAUGAUAAGGAGAUACGAAAGCUCAGUAUUACAUCCCCCGCCUCGCCCUCCCAAACACCCCUCAGCUGAGGAUAUGAAGCUAACCUUGUUGAGCUUAGCAGAAGAGAGAACGAUAAAUCUGCCCAGGUCUCCCAAGAGUCACCACAUAGACAGAUCCAAGAAGCUUCACCCAGAUCACGGUAGCAUGGAUUCAAGAGUACCAGGUGGUUUUCAGAACGAUUUAGCUGAUGUGGAGAGACGGAAGAACAAACAUGGGCCACUGCAGUAGCAGCACUGAUGUGCCUACAGAACUCUUCAAAACUGAAAAACUUCAAACGUAACAAGAUGUGACGGAACCCACUUGGGCAGUGAACAUAAAUGUUGCAGUGGAGAAGGAAGUCUCGCUGAAAAACAAUGAUUCCCCAAUGGACUCUGGAAGAAUCUGGAUCAGCCACUGCAAAGACAAAAACAAGCUUAAAUGUUUUAACACAUAAAUCUCAAAGAGAGACCCAUGAUGUGGAAUUUAAAUUGUCUACUUGGUUUCCUAAAACCCACAAGUAUUGUUUUCCUGUUGUUUAAGACAUAUUUAUUUU